AUGUCAAGUGGUGCCACUCCUCCCACAGGUGCUCCUGCACCCAGUCCUUCUCCGGCUCCAGCUGCUGGAGGGAAGGCAGCCGGAUCUCCCGCCCCAGGAGCAACUCCUGGUUCUUCAGCGGGUGCUACCACCACCACUACCAAGAAGAAGACGACCAAGAAAAAGGCAGCCGGUGGUGCUGGCGGUACGGAUAAGACCAAGAAACCCACCAAGAAGAGAAAAACGGCCAGCAAAUCGUCUGGAACCGCGGCUUCAAAUGCAGCGAUGGCAGCAGCUGCCAAAGCGGCAACGGCCGAUUUGGCACUGCAGCGUGCUCAGGCUGCUGCUCGCAAAACAGAUCCAUUGUGGUAUCGGAUCGAAGAUGUAUUACCCCCUGCAUCCACCAAGGCAGAAGCACAGCAACAACAUGAACACACCAUGGCCAGCAGCAGUAGUAGUAUUUUGCCAGAGCAAGUGCAAAUUGUCGAAAGUGCACUCAAAUUCAACAACAUGACCAGAAGUGAUGUCACGCCACAGGCAAUGGCUUGUCUAUUGGAACAGGCACGACGGUAUGCCACGGAAUUACAGGAAGAUGCACAGGAUUAUGCGGCACACGCAGCGGGAUUAUUUGUACCAGCGCCAGGUGGGAAAGGAGGUGCCACCGUGCCAAACGGUCCUUUGCCAGAACCAUCGCCCAAGGAUUUUUCCCUGGCGGCCGAAAUGAGACCGGAUCACCCCACAGCCGUGACGGCACAACUACCCAAACUCAUGCUUCUGGCUCAAAAAGUCAAUGCCGUGCCUUUGCCACCGAUUCCUCCACAUUGCUACAAUGGAAUAUUGCUGCCACCAGCGCCACACGCUCUCACUUCACGGACGUUUGAUGUUGUCACGGGUAGUCAUGUCGCUCAAAAGAUGAUCCAAGCACCUCCUGGUCCACCCAAGGCAUUUGCCAGCAGCAUGGCGGCGGCAGGACAACUAGAAAAGGCAUCGUCGGCGUCGUCGACAACCACUAAAAAGAGCAGCAAGACAGGGUAUGGUGCUACACGAGGCCCGCAAAUCCCCGUCAAGCUCAAGGCGGCCGAUGCGGCAGCGGCCGAUGGGACUUCGACACCCAAACCACCGGCAGCGACAUCGUCAUCAUCUACCGGUCCUACGCCAAUGGACACUUCCAAAAGUUAA